AUGUCCCCAUCAACAUCACAAUCUCUGCCUACGGGAAAGGAUCCCCCAGACAACGCCGCUCAUCCCGCCAGCAGCCCCAUCACCUCCCCUCGUCUCCCGUACGCAAGUCUGCAGCCGUCACAACAGGCUCCCGAGGAGCCGCAGCAUCAGGAAAGCACAAUGGCGCCACGGCCGGCAUUCACACCCUUUUUUACCCUUGUUGAUGACGCUACGAGCGGCAGCACGCACCAUCCCGUAAACGUGCGAUACAUCUUCUCAGACGACGACCAGGACCUCACAGACGAAUAUCUCGCUGCCAUAUCCUCCGCACCCUCUCCGAACUCAAGCUCGCACAUCGCGCACUCCUCCGGAUCAUCGAGCCUCACUUCCUCCUCCCGCCACCAGCAACAGCAGCGGAUGCCAUCAGGCAGCGAGCCGCGAGAACCCGAACACCGCACCCUCCUCCUCGAUCUCGACGAGAGCGGCACGGCCGUGACGGCAUUCCACUCCCUCUCCCCCUCGUGGCAACUCCUCUCGGCGAGCAUCACCAAAGCGCCGACCUGGGAAUCCGGCCCCGCCGCCGCGGACGACGGGGAGGACGAGGGCGCGGCAAGGUUCAUGCUCAGGCUUGAGGGGACGAGGGGGAGGGAUGAGGGGAUGAGGGAGAGGGUUGGGAGGGUGUGGAGGGAGCCGGGGGAGGGGGUGAGGGGGGAGGAUUUUCAGGUUUUGGUGGAGGAGUUUGAGAGGAAGAUGAGGGUGCUUAGGACGGUGGUUGAUACGGGGAGGGAUAGUCUUGGGUUGGAAGAGGAAGAGGGGGAGUAUGGAGGGGAUGGGGGUGAGGGUGAGGGUGAGCAUGAGGAGGAGGAGGCGGAAGGCGAGAAGGAGGGCGAGGAUAGGCCCAAGGAGUGAGGGCGAGGAAAGGUUAUAUGUUUUGGAGUCAAGGAGCGGAUCGUUAGCAUCGCGGGCGCAUAAUGGAUGGGUUGGGGGGUGGGGGUAUACCACGUCCUGCAGGACACAGACACAGAAGACAACUCUCCCAUAGAAACUAGCCAUGCAGAAUCAGGCACCCGCAAUAAAGGAGUCAUCAUC